CUGUAUACUUUUUUUGUAUUGUUCGAGUACCGCGAGUCGACGAAUAUCCCAACGGCAUGGCGUCCACUGGUUCCAAGAAAAGAGUGUGCUACUAUUAUGACGGCGACGUGGGAAACUAUUACUAUGGACAAGGUCAUCCUAUGAAACCACAUCGGAUUCGCAUGACACACAACCUCAUCCUUAACUAUGGCUUGUACCGCAAAAUGGAAAUCUAUAGACCCCAUAAGGCUGUGAUGGAAGAGAUGACAAAGUACCACAGCGAUGACUAUAUCAAAUUCCUUCGCACCAUCAGACCAGACAAUAUGUCUGAGUACACCAAACAGAUGCAGAGAUUCAAUGUUGGAGAGGAUUGUCCUGUCUUUGAUGGGUUGUACGAGUUCUGUCAACUGUCUGGUGGUGGCUCUGUUGCUGGGGCAGUGAAGCUCAAUAAACAACAGACAGAUAUCGCCGUCAACUGGGCUGGUGGUCUUCAUCAUGCCAAGAAGUCAGAGGCAUCGGGAUUCUGUUAUGUGAAUGAUAUUGUACUGGCCAUCCUUGAACUUCUGAAAUAUCACCAACGUGUCCUUUACAUUGACAUUGACAUACACCAUGGGGAUGGAGUGGAGGAAGCAUUCUACACAACGGACAGAGUUAUGACAGUAUCAUUCCACAAGUAUGGAGAGUAUUUCCCAGGCACGGGAGAUCUCAGAGACAUUGGUGCUGGCAAAGGUAAAUACUAUGCUGUCAACUUCCCACUGCGAGAUGGAAUUGAUGAUGAAUCUUAUGAGCACAUUUUCAAACCAAUCAUGUCAAAGGUGAUGGAGAUGUACCAGCCCAGUGCUGUCGUAUUACAGUGUGGUGCAGACUCACUCUCAGGGGAUAGGCUUGGUUGCUUCAACCUCACCUUGAAAGGUCAUGCCAAGUGUGUGGAGUUUAUGAAGCAGUACAACCUGCCAUUGCUACUUCUUGGCGGAGGUGGCUACACUAUACGCAACGUCGCUCGCUGCUGGACUUAUGAGACUGCAACUGCCCUGGGAGUAGAAAUUGCAAAUGAGUUGCCAUACAACGAUUACUUUGAGUAUUUUGGACCAGACUUCAAGCUGCACAUCAGUCCCUCUAACAUGACUAACCAGAACACUGGUGACUACCUUGAGAAAAUCAAGACGAGACUGUACGAGAACUUGCGCAUGAUCCCUCAUGCACCUGGUGUCCAGAUCCAGCCCAUCCUGGAGGACGCCCUCCGGGAUGAGAGCGACAACGAGGAAGAGGAGCACUCGGACAAGCGCAUCUCCAUCAUGUCCCGUGACAAGCGCAUCGCCUGCGACGAGGAGUUCUCGGACAGCGAGGACGAGGGGGAGGGCGGGCGGCGGGAUAUCAGGUCGCACCGACGCAAGAGGCAACGACCGGCGCAGGAUACUCAGGCAAAAGAGGCAGCUGAGAAAAGUGCAGAAGCUCGGAGGGAGAGAGAAGAACUAACUAACAAGGAAAAGGUGACUGCCAGCGCUGCUGUCAAUGCUGAGCCUAUGGAUAUAUCCACCUCUGAACCACCUGCCAAAGGACCUGAGACAGAAAAACCUGUGCCUGAUUCUCAAAAACCUAUAGACGUCAAAGAGGAGAAGCCAGCAGUCUCAGCCAAAACCGACUCUCCUCCCGCCAAGGAAGGCAACGAUGUGACCAAACCUGCCCCAAGUGCCCAAACCACCCCUCCCCCAGCACCCCCAGCACAGUCCACAGAGGAAAAGAUGGAGCAUUAGAAAAAGUAUAACAGUGCCAAUGUAACAGUGUCAUGGUCGGGUGUAAUUAAUCAAAUUGUGAAUUCACUUUCUCUUCCAGAUGAGGUUGUACAAGAUUUUUUUUCCUUGCGGGGGGGGAGGAAAUGGAAUGGCAGGUGUGGGUUUGCAAUCAUCUGUGACGUGUUUUUUCUGUUCAGCUGCCUUGCUACAAAUAACAAUGAACAGAGCUCGAAUUCUAAUUUUAGUCACAAUCUACAGUUGACAUUACUGCCUGCAAAAGUUUCACUUUCCAGAGCUUUGACUUUUGUCAGUUUCACUUCAGCACGAGACGUCACGUUCUUUCCACAUUUUGCUUGAAAUCACCACAAGCCAACUGCAGCCAUUAAUGGAUUGGCACAUUCAGUACCAAUUUUGUACAAGCCUGAAAUGAAAAACAAUGUACGUUUAAUGGCCACUACCUAUUUAGCAGGAGAAAAACAAUUGUGAUUGAUUCGUUCGUCUACAAUUUUACCGUGACUUAGUGCUGAAUAAUAUUGGGUUAUGGUUAUAAACUUUCCUUGUUCGAGUCAAAGUUCUCCGUACUGUAUCAUUGAUACAAACGUGAUGUUAAAGAUUUCUACAAACUGUGUACUAUAUUACUAUUUAUAUACAUGUACAUGCAUUUUGUUCAUUCAUUGGAAGGAGAAUGCUCUUUGACAAUAUGAAGUAAUUAACCCUCCUAUGCUGAAGUCACACUUUGGGUCAUUUGGUGAACACCUCAAAGAAGCACAGCUGUGUUGUGUU